AAAACUAAAAGUAACCCUUUCGACGUCACGGAAACUUCCGGUGUGCAGUCAGAGUCAUCUGACUGAACAAAUGACACAAGUUUGAACAACAAGUCAGCUUCUCUUUCCUUUCUAAUACAACUAAUAUUAAUGAUGCGCGUCUUGAUUUGUGGACCGAAACUCGCCGCGUGUGGGAUUGUAUUGAGCACGUGGGGGGUCAUCAUGUUGGCCAUGCUAGGGAUCUUCUUCACAACACAUUCAGCAGUUCUGAUUGAAGAUGUGCCUGUGACAGAUGAAGACAUCCAUGAAGAUAAGAACCCUCCGCAGAGGAUCUAUGAGCUCUACAACAAAGUGGGGUACAACUGCUUCAUAGCAGCUGGUAUCUACGUCCUGUUUGCAGCCUUCUCCUGCUGCCAAAUGAGGCUCAACAAGCAGAGAGAGUAUCUGGUGCACUAGUGCCACCUGCUGGACUGAGGAGCUGACAGCAGUACUCUGACAGCAGUGGUGGCUGCGUCCGAACAAUCACCUGUUCCUUGAUCAUUGACCUGCCCUGGGGUUUUAAAUUGUUAAUCAGAAGCUACAGGGAAGAGUCUGGAUGCUGUGUGACAGCAGAUGGAUGUUCUGCACCUUCAUGUAAUAUAACAUUUUUCUACCUCUGAUCAUAAGUGCUUAAAUUAUUGGAAUUUAUAUCCACUCAAACUCAUCUGUUGCAUUGUUCUCCAGAGUCUAAAUGAUUAUUCUUGUUAAACAUUUCAAGUUGUAAUUUAUUUUGUCUUUGUGUUUCCCAGACCUAAUGUACAAGAGAAUGUAUUCUGAUUAUUGCCAGUAUCCAACUGGGUUUGGAAUGUUAGUCAUUAAAUCAAGUUAUUCAUUUCUUUCAGCUAA